AUGUCAAAUACAGAGAAAGCCAUUCAAACAAAGCGAAGCUUUAAAACAAAAGAGUACCAGAAAAUGGUCCAAGGAGAAUUAUAUUAUGCUCCUGACCCAGAACUGCAGGUAGCAAGAGAAUUUGCUAAAGUGGUUGCACGCCAAUACAACGACACCCUUGGGAACCCUAAUAAGCUAAGUAAUGGCGAAUUGAAAAAGGUUAGGGCAGCUAUCUUGUCCCAGGUGAUGUCGUUGGAAGACAAUGGUUCUUCCAUUGAUAUAGAACCUCCUAUAGGGCUUGAUUAUGGUUUACAUAUCCGAAUUGGAAAAAAUUUUUAUGCCAACAACGCUUGCAACUUUCUGGAUGUUGCUCCCAUUACAAUUGGAGACAAUGUUUUGUUUGGUCCUAGUGUACAAUUGUGUACAGCUACACAUCCGUUGGAUAUUUCAACCCGAAACAGUGGAAACGAGUUAGCAAAACCUAUAAAGAUUGGUAAUAACGUUUGGAUAGGCCUGGGUGCCAUUAUUUUACCAGGAGUUACGCUUGGUGAUGGCUGUGUCAUCGGUGCAGGAUCCGUCGUUACAAAGGAUAUUCCUGCCAAUACAGUAGCAGUUGGUUCACCUGCUCGUGUCGUCAAGGAAAUUGACCAACAACAACAAUAG